GGAGGGCCCGGGCGGCUGACGCUUCCCGGACCCGCGUUCUCCGCUGGUUUGGCCCAGGCCCCCACCCCUCCCCCAUUCAGCAACCCCACCCUGGGGCUGCACGGUCCGGGUCGAGCUAGGACGGCCCAUCCUACAUAUUUCAUUGCCGCUGUGACCCCUGCCCCGCCUUCUCCUUUUGGGCUCCUGGGACUCGGAUUCCUAGCCAAAGGGUCCCGAUAUGCCCCUUGACACCAUUCCACUUGUCUGGCGCCUCACCCGACCCCAUCUUUGGUGAACCUCCCCUGCUGGCCCAGAAGCACUUUUGAAGGCAAGUUCGGGGCCCGGCUGCAUCCUGUUUGCGAAGCCUCUUGAAAGCCGAGAAGACCCUUACCAUGGGUUCCCACUGACCUAGGCGAAGAGCCCCGGGGUCAUCCUAGUAUCAGCGCCGGGGGUUGCAGGUGCCAAGUGCUGAUUUACGGAUACCUAGGCAGAUCUGCAGUGCCUAAUGCCAUGAGUGUGGUGGUGCAGCAUGUGGAGGAAAAAGCUGUGCACUCCUGGUCUCGCAUCUCCACAGCAGGAAAGAAGGCCCUGGAAGAGGCGCUGCUUGUCUUUAACCCCAUGAGCCAGGAUCUCAGUGCCACAGAGGCCCAGCUUGUGGCCUUUCUACAGGGUCUGCGAGAUGAUGGCUUCCAACCUACCAUUCUGCGCAGUGGUGAUGUCUAUGGGUAUAGUUCAUGUACAGCCAACCCUCCAAGCCAGACGAAACUACAAGCUCGUGCCCCGAUCCCAGCUGCCACAUCACCUCCAGCCAGUGCUCCCCGAACUGCCAUUCAGCUGCCCUCAGGCAGGGCCACAUUGCUUCCCAUGCCACUGUCUGGCAGGCUGGCCAAAGGGUCCACACCAACCCUCACCAAACAUGCUACCACCAAUCUGCUGCUGAGCUCCCUGAAGCAGUCAAGUGCCAGCCGUGCCAAGGGUGCAACAGUGGGCUUCCCUGCUCACCUCUAUCCAAGUGUCUACCCUGCUAUGCGGCUUUCAGUUGUCCUUGAGGCUCUGGUUCCACUCAAGACUCCCAUGCCUUGCUUAGGUGCUAAGCACAAAGCACAGUCACUAAGACUUUCACUUGCAGACUCUCCCCUGAAAUUGCGGAAAGGUUCAGGGAAGGGUCCAGGGAACCCCCAGCCCAAGGCUCCCAGAAAAACAAACAAGGGCCCCAAGUGUCUGACUCGCAAAGGCCCUGGGGCUGGACCCCAACGAGGCACUGGGCUCCAGAGCAAGACUUACAGAACCACUGGUUCCCUCAGUGAUCUGCAAAUGAAAGGGGGCUCUGCCCUGAGCACUAAAUCAGACCAGGCCAAGGCAGCUCAAACAGUGUCCAAAGCUGCCUAUGCCCAUGCCAAGGCAGCCAAAGCUGAUGCAGCACAAGUCAAGGCUAAGGCCAAGGCAGUCCAGGCCAAGGCCAAGGCAGUGCAGGCCAAGGCCAAGGCAGUGCAGGCCAAGGCAGUCAAGGACAAGGCUAAGGCAGUCAAGGCCAAGGCAGUCAAGGACAAGGCAGUCCAGGCCAAGGCAGUCAAGGACAAGGCAGUCCAGGCCAAGGCCAAGGCAGUCAAGGCCAAAGCAGCUCAGACCCAGCCCAAGGGCAGGGACAGGCCAAAGGGAUCUGCUCAGGCCAGAACUGCAAGGAAGGGCCAGAAAACCUACUCUGAGACUGUGGGGCAGAAGAGGAAAAGGGCUGAGGAAGCAAAGGACCUUCAUCCUAAGAAGAGAACACGGCUGGGGCCCCGAUCUCCUAAGUCAUGGCUGGGGUCAGCAACAGCAAAGCUCCUAAAGUUCCGGGCCAUAAAGGUAGACAGGCAGUCCUCAGAUGAUGAGGUUCGACAGCGGGCCCAACAGAUACUCCGUGUGAACCUGUCUCCUAUAAUAUGGCUCCAGCCAUUGCUGCCAUACUCAACAGCCUGAUUCCUUCAUACAGCAAUAUUUGAGAAAAUAGCCCAACUGUGUGUGUGGCCAGUGGCACAGUGUGCCAUGCCUGUGGACUCUGCAACUUUGAGGAUUCUGGGUACCUCUCCAGGGCCCCUGCGGCUACCAGUCUCCUUUCAGAAACUGGAGGAUUUGUGGUGGGGUGGGUAGUGGGAGGGGUGUUCUUAUGGCGUAAUGCACUGUGACUUGUUCUUCAAGUUGUAUGUCCACUGUUCCAUCUAUCAUGUUUUAUACCUUUCCACCUUCCAGUCUCCCUGCCCACCCUCCAUGGUCUUUUAUUGUGUGUGUGGCUGCUGGCAAGCCAGCUUAAGCAUAUAGGAAAAGUUGUCCCAGUCAGUUUGAGUGAUGGGGUAGGAAGGCAGAAAGGGGAAGCAUAGGCCCCUCUGGAAAGACUAGUGGGAAUUUGGAUACUGGCUUCUGUGGGUAUGUGAGAGACAUCUCACGAGGGUAGGGGCAAAGCCACUGUGAGGUAGAAUACUUCACCUUGAGGCUGCCCUAUUUUUUAUCCAGUCAGACCCCGUAUAGUAGGACUGGGCAGCUCAGUGGGGAACCUUGCAGCUAGCAGUAUUUUAGGCCAGGGAAGGGAGACUUUGUGGUACUGCUACUGGGGACAAAAGAUACCCUGGCUUUGUCUGGAAUGGGGCCAAGCUUAAAGGGGUUGAAGUGCCUCUGCUGAGAAUGUACUAGCUUGUUUCUCCAGUUGGUGGUAAAGGACUGGGCAUUCAAUUAGGACUAUAGAGCCUGCCUUCACUGACCAAAGAAUUUUUUUAGUUGUGUAGGGUAUCUGAGUUUCCAUCUCUGCUUCAUCAGCAGUGCUUUUCAAGUGUUUUAUUUACUCCCAGGUAGUUUCACCAUGCCCCCCAUCACAGACCUGUGUAUUUCAGGUGUUAUUGGCACAUUCUGCUUUGGAGGGAGGACUGGGCCUUGAAUGCAACCAGCUGCCCUAUCCAUCUGUGGUUCAUCACUGGUUGCCCAGGCUAUAUAGCAGUGACUGAGCACAUAGGGAGGGAGACACAUUGCCCAAAGGCUCCUGGGGACAGCAUUUCAGGGAUGGAGGGGAGAGCUUUGUUUGGAUGAGAAUCAGAUCCUCUCUGUCUCUGGGUUUGUCUGAGCCCUACUAUUGCUAGUUGCCCUGAGUGGUGGGCCUGUGGAGAAGCUCUAGAUGUUCCCCGCCCCCUUUCUUCUGCCCCUGGGUACUGCUAAGUAAUUAACCAUUAACGUCCUUCCCCUGAGUGUAUUGUCCUCCCUUGGUUCCCCAAACUCUGAGGACAUCUUUGCAACCAUCUGUGCUGUAACCCUUCAAUCCUGCAUGCUACUUACCCUCUGGGUUCUGCUUUCAUUGUGAGAAUGGGAAAGACCUAAGGGCCACACUGCCUCUUCAAGGGCUGUAUUUUGGGACCCACUCUGUAUUUUCCCUCAGGCCUGAUUCCAGGUCCCAGCAUUUAUGACUCCUGGUAGAGUUGGGUCUCCUUCCAUUUCUAUUGCUGCCACCAGUGGGUGAGGGUUGGUUGUUUGCAAGAGGGCCAAGCAGAGGGGGAGGAGGGAUCUGGCCUCCUGGUGGGAUGGGGUGAAGUAGGGGUAUUUCAGAUUUCUACUUAAGACUCUACCCCACAGCCGGGUGGGGUGGCGCAUGCCUGUAAUCCCAGCAGCUCAGGAGGCUGAGACAGGAGGAUCGCAGGUUCAAAGCCAGCCUUAGCAAUAGUGAGGCACUAAGCAACUCACUGAGACCCUGUCUCUAAAUAAAAUACAAAAUAGGGCUGGGGAUGUGGCUCAGUGGUUGACUGUUCCCUGAGUUCAAUCCCCAGUACCAUAAAAAAAAAAAAAAAAAAAAAACUACACCUCCCAGUCCCAGCUCCUAGAUCAGUUGGCCAGAGGGUGCCAGGUGUACUCACUUGGCUGCUCAAGCAACAGUUGUUACCUGUCCCCUGGCAACUUGGUUGUUGGUAAACCAAAACCUCAAACUUCAUCCACCUGUGACCUUCAUGGCCCCAAACGGUAUUGUAUUGUCUGUUACCCUGCAGGUAGGUAAGAGAGUGAGAGCCCUGGAGACUGCUGUCUUUGAGUUGUGGGGGCAGUUUCUUUGGGGUGUCCUGGGUAGGUUAGAGUCCUAUGGGGGUCUGGGUCAUUGCUGGGGGCAGGAGGGAGCACCCUGUGCUAUUGAUAUUUUGGAAUAAGAAGCUGACCUGCACCUCCUGCCUAGUCAAGUCUCCUUGGGCCCUCCCUGACAACUCAAGAAUUGCUGCUUUUAUGACUUUCGAGACCAGGGAGGUCAUGACAUGGAGAAUGUGAUUUCCCAGAAUGGCUGUGGAAGCAACAAGACCUGGUGGCAGGCAGAGUGGUAAGGGUGCUGGCGUGGCCCUAGGUGGGAGUCUAGGGUCAAGGCCUGAUUGUGGAUUAGAUCAAAGGUUGACUAUGUUGAAAUUGCCACCAUUCAUCUGGACCUAAAGGAUAUCUCUACCCCUUUUAUUAUCAUGAAAAGUGCCCCAGCCUGAAGACUUGCCCAGCAAGUGCUGAUCCUAUGCCUCCCUACUUGAUGGUCACCAAGGAUGCGUAUCCCUGGUGACCCAAGGCCCCCUUCCUGUCUGUAGACAUUCUACCCAGCAGCUCUGCUCUUUGAGUGGACCAUGCCCACUCCUAGCACAUGUACCAAGGCUUUGCCAAUAAUUGUUUAUACUUUUUUCCUGGGAUUCUCUUCUGUCCCUGUCCAAAAGGUCAGUGACCUUGUCUAUGACCAGCAUUCCUUGAACAUUGAGCUUUCCACUCAGGGCAAGUUCAACCCUAGAGAGGAAGGGAAGGGGUCUGGGUGAAACUAGAGGCAAAGCCUGUUUCCUCCUCUUAGAUCAUUUUUAAAGUUCUAGACCCUGCCAUUCUAGUGGAGGACACAAGUAAUCCUGUGCGUUGGAAUGUCAGGACAAAGCCAGACACUGUAGGGAAGUAAGGUUCUGCUUGGGGGUUUGCACUGACAGAGCAGGGCAGUUUCCUUAGCUGUGCCCCAUCAGGGUCCUUUAUUGUGGUCCCUGUGUUGGCUUCCCAUUAUUGUUUCCCUAGAGCACAGGGACUGCAAAGGGGAGCCAUCUCCAUUUAUCUCCUAUCUCUGAACCAUCACUGGACCUUUUUUGGAGCUCUAUUGUAGUCCUUUGUUACUGUCCCCAUUGUUGUCCUCAUCUCUGUUCUAUGACUGCUCCUCAUAACUCUCCCCUGUUGUGGUCCUCCUGUCAUUGCCCUCCUAGAUUCAUGAUCCUUGCCUGUCAGUCCCUCUUGUCCCUGCAGUUGCCUCUAGGUGGCAUCAAGGAAUCUCUGGAUAUGAACUCUUUCUUGUAAAUAAGUCUUUUGUUAAAGGACUAGAAAGCUAUAUAAUCAUAACCAGCAGAGUCAGUCCAGGAGGAUGCCAGAGAAGGACAGAUUCUAAACAAGACUUCUUUACAUGUACUAGGUAUUCCCUCCCCACUUUAAUUUCAGCUAUUACUUGCUGCUUAUCCUGGGCCCUCACAUUGGAUCUGCAAGCUGCAGAGGAAAGAGGAGAGGCCUGUAGAGAAAAGACACGUGAGAAAGCCUCAGCUUUGUGUUUAAGGUGCAGAGCAGAAAGAGGAAUCAGAGACCCAUCCCUUCAUCCAUGUGUACAUUUAAUAAGGGUUCUUUAAGCUCCACCCUCUGUCAGACAUUUUCUUUCCUUUUUUUUUUUCAAUUGGUUUUAUUUUUUAAUAAAAUACAUGACAGUGGUGUCAGGCAUUUUCUAGGCAGUUUGAUGGGUGGCAGAUGGACAAGGUUUUUGUUGGAGCUAACAUGAAAGCAAGAAAGACAGUUGAUAGAUAAUGAAACAUACUAAUAAUUUAUGUGGUUAAAUGAGAUGAUAUACAGAUUUCUAGUUUGGGUGAAGGACUGAGAAGUGAAAUCCUUUUUUUUUUUUUUUUUUUUUUUUUGAACCCAGAGGUGCUUAACACUGAGCUACAUCCCCAGCCCUUUAAUUUAUUAUUUAAUAUCUUUAUUUUUUUAUAUAUUUUCAUGCAGUGCUGAGGAUCAAACCUAGUGCCUCACACAUGCUAGGUGAGCCAUAACUCCAACCCAGAUUUAAUUAAUUAUUUAAAAAUUUUUUUUUUUUUUUUUGUACCAGGGAUUGAACCCAGGGGUGUUUAACACUAAGGUGCAUCCCCAGCCCUUUUGAAUUAUUUUUCUUUUUUUGAGACAGUGUCUUGCUUAGUUGCAGAAGCUAUCUUUGAACUUGUGAUCCUUCUGCCUCAGCCUCCUGAGCUGCUGGGAUUACAGGCAUGUACCACUGGCUUAAAGUGGAAUCCUUUACUGCAUUUGGGGAAGUAGUUUUAAGAUACCUGGAGAUGUCAGAAUGAGGUAGUAGGAAGUAGUGGGAUGUACAGAAGCAACAUCAGAACUGGAAAAAGGGAACUCUAAGUGCAUUGGUGGAAUUAAACAUGAUUAUCCCAGGAUGGUACACUCAGGGGAUCAUGGAUAGGGAAUCCCAUAGCAUGGGUGCUUGAGGAGGUAACUGCAAGAAUGUAGAGAUAAGAGACUGCCUGCCAUUCUUUCCCCUCCAUCCCAGCCAUAGAUAUGUGAGACACCUGAAGUCUGACCUUCUGUGUCUCCAGCAUAUGACUAUCCUCCAUGUGAACUUCCCUCAAACUGCAUACACUGGGGGACCUCAACGGACACCCCUUCUAUUACUAUGUCCUCUAUGAGUUCAAGAUCAGAAGCAGUUGAUCAUACCUCUAAGUGCACAUCUGCACAUGGGGCCCCAGCCAAUGUGGAAGGAAUGGUAAGGACCAUGGAAGGGACAUCUUGUAGUGGAAUGGGUACAGUUUUGCAUCUAUCAUCACCAUAUAGCUGGUGUUCACUGAGUGCCACCAGGACUUGCAACAGGACCACUCAUAUCAUGCAACAAGUCUAGGCACCUCCAUGUCUGCCCGGGUAGGUGCCGGGGUAGGUGCCGUGUCCUACCCUGCUGGCCAAACCUGCCAAGGGUCAGCCCACCCUAUAUCUACCUCUCAGGUUCUGCCCCAGAAAUUGAGUGGCAUGGACAUGCCUACAGUUGUCACUUUGACAUGGCUGCGUUUCUGUCAUCUGGCAAUGUGAAUGGAGGAGUGUGCAAUUUAUGUCAGCACAGGCUAGGCCUUCUUCCACUUGUAAGCCUACAGAGGAUUCUUGUUCCCCUUGAUCCUAUAGACAUGGGUCCUCCAACCUCCAGUUCCAACUCUAAUCCUGAUUCUUCUGCUGCAUGGUGACUUCUGACCUAAUUGCUUCCUUAACCUCUGACCACUGAUCCAGCCUGUAACUGUGACCCUGUGCGUGGCCUGGAAGGGGGUUUGUGAAACCAUGUCUGGGGGCAGUGCUGUGACUUCUGACAACCUGGUCCUUAUGGUAUGAGUUCCACUGAGCCUAAGGGCUGCUAGCAUGAGCAACCCUUAGGGUAGUCCCCCAACCCCAUGUCCUCUUAGAUCUUCCCUCAAACAUUUACCUGAUAACACAUGUCCCAUUUACCCCGUGACAGUCCUAUCAGAAAUCCAAGUGCCCUCUGCCUUAACCUGCAGGUGCAAAUCUCAGAGCCAGGCCCCUGGCACUCAUUCCUAUCAUCCUUGUAACGGUACAGGUCACUGCAAACACUGUCUCUGGAUGGCACUGGAGCAGUUGUCUGGCAAACCUUGACCCACCUUUAAUUUGAACUUGACUUGGGUGCCAAGUUUCUAGGAGUUUAACAAGUAUAAGGCUAUAGAAAUACUGACUGUAGCUGAGUGUGGUGGUGUAUGCCUAUAAUCUUGACGACUCAGGAAGCUGUGGCAGGAGGAUUGCAAGUUUGAGGCCAGCAUUGUCAGCUUAAUGAGACCCUGUCUCAAAAUAAAAAAUAAUAUGGACUGAGAAUGUAUUCAGUAGUAAAGCACCCCUGGGUUUAAUCCCCAGUACAAAAAAGGGAGGUGGAGAGGGGAAGAAAGAAAAGAAAAAAGAAAUAGUGACUAUAAGUUGUAGACUGAGCCUUGCACAUAGUGGGUGCCAUUUACUGACUUGGUCAGUCCCACCAUAGCUACCUGAACUAGAAUAUGCCCUCAGGUGUGAGCUUUAGGAAUAAAAGAAAGUGACUAAAAUAUGUUAUAACAUGUUACAACAGUAUUCUACACUGGAUUUAAAGGUGUUUCACAGAGGAAGACAGCCCAAAAGAAUAACUCCAUCCCUUUCUCCCCCAACUCCAUGAUAGUAGGGAUUGAACCCAAGGAUAUAAGUAGCUGGGAUUAUAGGCAUGCACCACCACACCCAGCACUUCUUGCAUUGAAUUUUAUAAACCAUUUGUAUAGAUUUAACUCUGGCUGUAAUCCUAUAUUCAUUACCCCACCCCAAUCCCUCUCACUUUUUCUCUAUCUCCUUCUUAUCUACUUCUGAGAAGCCUAACAGGAAUUCACCAGGGCCUCCCCUCUCCCUCUCAGCCACAGACAAAGGAGCAUUCAAGCUUUGUAUCACUUCUUGUCCCUCCAAGCAGUCCCAGUAUAUGACUCCAGAGGUCCCUAACCUUCCUAUUCCUAUGUGGAUUUCCUGCCCUUGCUCCACCUGACUGCUCUCUCCUAGAGUCCGAGUUAUGGUGUCUGAGCAGUGGCUCAGGUUGCCAGACCUGUGACUGUGACUUUGGGGACUUCUACAACAAUAGGUGUAAGACAGCACCUGAGAGUUGGGGUGAAGGAGCGAAAGUCCAGAGUUCUUGCCCACUUUCUGCUGCUGUGCUUAUUUAGGUGUUCUGCAGGGAAGGGUCUCUGUCUAUGUCACACCUAUGUCCUUGGCCACCACUACCAUAAGCUCCAUUUGGGAUACUUCUGUGUUACCAGGCACACAGCUGAGUUGGAGCUUGACCAGGCAGGGCCUUUAGCCAGCUGACCCCUGGCUGCCUACUAGUGUCUCAGAGAAUCAGAGGCAAGAAGAAAUCAAGGCUCAGAUAUUGGAGCUGAGGAGAGAGUUAGUGUUCAGAGAGAACUAUCUGGAAGAAGAGGUUGAAGGUUAGGAAAUUUAGGAAGAUUAGGAAAUCUAGGUGGGGGUUGUCAGUGUGAUUGAAGGUUCAGUGUUUUGGACAGAGUCUAUAUAAUUCCCAAGACAGUGUGGGAGAGGACUGGGCCAGAAUGUUGAGGAUACUGACACUCUGUUUGUCUCAGUGUGCCCUCUGGCCUACCCUAACCCACCUACACAAGACCAAGGGACUGCCCCUGGCCAUACAGGGACUGGGCUUACUUUCCCCUACCUGUUGCCUUCCACCUUCCUGCUAGGUUGUGCACCUGCCAUGUGUAAAGAGUUGUCUGGAUUGAGGUCUAUGAAUCCUGGGGCUAUCUGAAGUUCCACCAGGCAGGCUGCAUGGCAGGGGUUGGAGAAGCACCAUGAGGUUCAUCUGAUCUUGCCCUUCUUGCCAGUAUAUGAGUACCACCUGAAGGGUUCUCUGAACACCAAGCAUGACUUGCUGGGUGGGCAAUGUCCCUGCUGUCUCCACAUCAUUGGUUAUAUCUUUGACCACUGCAUACCUGGAAUACGUGAGCUUUGGGCCUACUGGGAGCAGUGAUGAGCUUUUGGACCAAAGUGGGGUCAAGAGCUUCCAGGGUCCAGCCCCAGCAGGGAUCCAGGGGUCCUGAAGGAUGAGUAGCAUUGGCGAAAGAAGAAGAGAUGGGAUGACAGGUUGCAAGUUACAAGCAGACUCCAGAAGGAUCUGCUGCGCCUUUAUUUUUAUACCUUUUUUGCAGGUGUUUUUUCAGGUAGUUAAUGGAUAGCCUCAAAUCCCGAAACUUCUUUGAUUUACAUAAUUUUCAAGAGUUACAAUCUUUUCUGACGUAUAUUGAUUACCUAAGAUAUUGAGUACAUUGUUUAAAAUAUUUUCCUGUAACCUUUGCCAAUCAUGAUUAAGCUUUUACAUUUUUACCUCAA